CGAAUCCUGAACAACGAUCCAUCUGUCCGAUCCCACUACAGAAAACGCCAAUCGGCCAAAAUGUGUCACCAGGGUUCAUUAAUGGGGAUAAAGUGCGCACCUCCUACCAGUGCACACACCGCUCUCCAAGCCAUCACUCCGCUAUCGUGCGCUCUCUCUUUCCAUGGCGAUCUCUCUACAGCUCUGCCGUAUCCCCACUCGUACGGACCUCUUCUCGCCGGAGAGCCUCAGCGGACCCCGAGCUCUUAAUUCCAGGAGGCCUCUCUCCGUCCGGUGCGUCGGGGAUUCUUCCUCUACGUCUUCGUCUUCUUCGGUGGCGGUGGACUCCGACUUCGACGCGAAGGUCUUCAGGAAGAACUUGACGAGGAGCAAAAAUUAUAAUCGGAAAGGCUUCGGUCACAAGGAGGAGACUCUGGAGCUCAUGGACCGCGAGUACACCAGUGAUAUCAUAAAGACUUUGAAGGAAAAUGGAAAUGAGUAUACAUGGGGAAAUGUUACCGUGAAACUGGCGGAAGCUUACGGUUUUUGCUGGGGCGUUGAGCGGGCUGUCCAAAUUGCUUAUGAAGCUAGGAAACAGUUUCCAGAUGAGAAGAUCUGGAUUACCAAUGAAAUCAUUCACAACCCAACUGUUAAUAAGCGGUUAGAGGAGAUGGAGGUGCAGAAUAUUCCCGUCGAGGAAGGGAAUAAGCACUUUGAAGUUGUAAAUAAGGGUGAUGUUGUGAUUUUGCCUGCUUUUGGAGCUGCAGUGGAUGAGAUGUUGGCUUUGAGUGAUAAAAAUGUACAAAUUGUCGACACAACUUGCCCAUGGGUGUCUAAGGUAUGGAAUACUGUCGAGAAGCACAAGAAAGGAGAUUACACCUCAAUCAUUCAUGGAAAAUAUGCUCAUGAAGAAACUGUAGCAACUGCAUCUUUUGCAGGAAAGUAUAUUAUCGUCAAGAGUAUGGCAGAGGCAACGUAUGUUUGUGACUACAUCCUUGGAGGUGAACUUAAUGGAUCUAGCUUAACCAAAGAGGAGUUUCUAGAGAAAUUUAAAUAUGCAGUUUCAAAGGGGUUUGAUCCAGAUGUUGACCUGCUAAAAGUUGGCAUUGCAAAUCAAACAACAAUGCUCAAGGGAGAGACAGAAGAGAUUGGAAAAUUAGUAGAGAGGACAAUGAUGCGCAAGUAUGGAGUGGAAAACAUUAAUGAGCACUUCAUAAGCUUCAAUACCAUUUGUGAUGCCACUCAAGAGCGCCAAGAUGCGAUGUAUAAGCUGGUAGAUGAAAAGCUAGAUCUUAUGUUGGUGAUUGGUGGGUGGAACUCAAGCAAUACCUCACACCUGCAAGAGAUUGCAGAGGCCCGUGGAAUCCCCUCAUAUUGGAUUGACAGCGAGCAGAGAAUAGGUCCUGGAAAAAAAAUCUCAUUUAAGCUUAAUCAUGGGGAGUUGGUUGAGAAGGAAAACUGGCUGCCAGAGGGUCCCAUAACAAUUGGUGUAACAUCUGGUGCCUCUACUCCGGAUAAGGUUGUGGAGGAUGUCCUUGUCAAGGUAUUCGACAUCAAGCGUGAAGAGGCCUUGCAACUAGUGUAAAAUUAGGUUGGUCCAGAUGCAAACAUCAGCCGGAGAGUAUUGUUGUAACAACACACAACUAAAGAGGUGUAUAAAUAAAGGAUCUAUGUUAUAAAGCCCCGUUGUACCCUAUUAACAUUUUAAUUUUUACCUUGGGAUUGAAAUGUUCAGAGCUUCUCAAUUGAUGAUCUAAACUUGGUGCUCCCGUGUGGCAGCAUCUGGUUCCGAAGUUUUGAAUUAUGUUCAUAAUUUGUAGAUGUUGUCUUCUUUAAGAUCACUCUUUGAAGAUAACCUGGGAAGGGUAUGCAGAAGCGAAACUCUGCUUGCUUGCUUUGUUUUUCGAAACAUAGCUAUGAAGAAUAUUACCAUUUUUGUGGA